UCUACACGUUUAUACUGCACAAGUGAGAAGUAAACAACAACAAGUGUUUAGGAGGUUCACAGCAAAGAACAUGUUUGAACCAAGUGCUGUGUAUAAUGUAACUUUAUGGUCGCAUGCUUCGGUUGCUGUUUUACGACACUGCAUUGUCGUGAAAGCAAUGUAAACAGUAUCCGCCCACGUCCGUCAUGAUGAUGCUUAUCCAUGCAGUGAGGCUUCAUUUGCUGAGAGAGAGCCAUGUGUGUGGCAGAUGGUCCAGGUCCUCGAGGAUGUGGCAAAGACAGAUGAAUGACAGCGUAUACACCAAGGUGGACUUUGACCAGGAGGAAACAAAGGCCAAGCUGCUGGGCUUCCCUGGAGGUUCUGUUGAUCUGUUGAAACAGGAGUGCGGCGGCAUUGCCAUCCUCACAAUCAACAACCCUUCCCACAUGAAUGCCUUUACCGGUGCUAUGAUGGUGCAGCUGGAGGAAAAAGUCAGCCAACUGGAGCAGUGGGCAGAUGGAAAAGGCCUCAUACUUCAGGGUGCUGCGGGAACUUUCUGUUCCGGAUCAGACCUUAAUGCUGUCAAAGCGUUCUCCAAGCGCCAAGAUGGCAUGGAGAUGUGUAUGUUUAUGCAGAAUGUUCUAACAAGACUUCUCAGGCUGCCGCUGAUCUCUCUUGCUCUUGUGGAGGGGAGAGCUCUGGGCGGAGGCGCAGAACUUACCACCGCCUGUGAUUUCAGAUUGAUGGCACCUGGCAGUGUGAUCCAGUUUGUCCACAAACGCAUGGGUUUGGUCCCCGGCUGGGGCGGAGGCGCUCGACUCGUCCGUCUCGUCGGAAGCCAAACGUCCCUCAAGUUGCUCUGUGGUGCGACAAAAGUGGAGCCUCAAUUUGGCGUCCAGAUUGGGCUGGCGGACGGAGUGCUUGAAGAGACUCGGGUAGAGGAAGGGGUGGGGACUGUCCAGCAGCAGGCUGAAAAGUGGCUCAGUCGCUACACCACGGGGCCUCCCGCAGUCGUCCAGGCGAUUAAAAAGGUUGCCUUGUCAGGGAGAGAGCUCCCUCUAGUGGACGCUCUGAGGACUGAGAAGGACGUCCUGGCCUCUGUUUGGGGAGGACCGGCCAACCUGCAGGCACUCGCCACAAAGUCCAAACACAAGUGAGCGAGCGAGCGAGCGCGCGCGCGCAUUAUAUUCACUCAUCAUUUCCCCUCUGCCAAGAAACAGACGAGACGACGCUAGAACGAUGAAAUGACCAUUUAUUAAUUUAAAAACAGAAAAAUAUGCCAAGCGAAAACUGUUAGCCAAAAAUGAGAUAACCCAAGCAUGUAGAAUACAAGUUGAAACUUUGCGAUUUGGAAUGGCAUCGUCGUCUCGCUGCCUCGCUCGCACGUUGCACAGAGCCAACUUAACGAGAGCAUUUUGCCUGGUGAAACAAAAUCUCUCGCUCUCUCUAAACAUGCACCCGUUUGGCUUCAUUUCAAGAUCUGAACAAUUUGCCGAGGAAGCACUUGACAGAUGGAAUGCUGAUAUCAAAUGGGCAAUAAAAUCAUUCCUUCAGUAGCCUUUA